GUUCGACGGUACGGUCGUGCUCGUGGAGUGAGUCGUGAGUCACGGAGGCGCCAAGUGUCGUGGAAUCCGUCGAGGACGUCGUCGGAACGGAUCACGUACAGAAGAGGUCGAGGACGGUGGAGUGUCGUGUGGCAAAAGCCCGGGCUCGUGCCAGCAUACACACACAUACACAGACAGAGAGUAAGACUUUCCUGGUGUUAAUGAUGAUGGCCAGUGGUGGUAGCGGUUGUGUUGGUGCUGCUGAUGGUGAUGCUGCGGUGAAAUGUGGUGUUCAGGGAAACGUGCGCUACGUUAGCUUUUACGGUGCAUUGCUCCGUCGUGUGUCAGGUGACGCAGCAGAAGCGCAGAACCAACAGGAAGGUCAGCGCCGUCCGAUUCCGAUGGUAAUUGCUUAAUAAGUGGCGUUCGAAUAGGUGUUUUUUGGAUGGAAACGAAAGUAAACGCAAGUUAAUCCAAGUGCACAAGUGCGGUUCGAGUGUGCGCUCAAGUGUUUCGUGUGUGUGUGCGUGUGUGCGUGUUCACGUCGUUGUAAGUGCGGUUUUUGUGUCUCAGUGUUUGCUCGAUCGUAGUAGCCAUUGUAACUCCGUGCUGGUUCCGUGGCUCCCGUGGUUGAUAGAAGCCGAGCGUGUUAGUGUUCGUGUUGUUAGUUGGUCAAGUGUCCUGUUGACCACCCCCUCCCCGCUUCUAAAAUAACCGCUAUCAGUUGGCGUGGGGAAAGGGUUUUCGGUUUUGUUUUGAAUUUAGCAUAAUUCCGCUGCCGCAACCGAACGAUCCGAGAGCAAUCGGGAUGGAACUGCGGCAGCACCGAUCGAUGCACCAGAGAGUCCUUCGAUGGAUUGCCGUCGUCGUCGCGAUGCUGAUCAUCACGCCGUCCGUGCUGCGUGCCGAACCCGACACACAGAUAUUCCGAGUGGAUCCACUAGCAUUGCUGUCGGGGACGCUACGCACAUAUCAACGAGCCGGAUGUGAUCGGGAGUUCGUCACGUUAAGCUGUCCCCGAGGAACGAGCAUCUCGAUCGAGAUAGCACAGUACGGACGCAGUGGUGAUGCAAACCUCUGUCCAGCGAGCACGGAAGAUGCACUGGACAUUAGUAUACCGGGCACGGAGAUAGAAAUAAAGGCCCCGGAGAGCUGCACCUGGCCGAACGCCCUUCAGUACUCACUGCUGCAGACGGUUGUGGAAGCGUGCCAAAAGAAGAGCCACUGCAAAUUUCUCGCUUCGCCGAAAACAUUCGGCGGCGAUCCGUGUCCCGGGCAGCGAAAGUUCGUCGAGGUGGCCUACAAGUGCCGACCGUACGAGUUCCGGAGUAAAAUCGCCUGUGAAAACGAUGUAAUUCAAUUAAUUUGCAACCCGUACUCCCGGAUAGCGAUCUACAGUGCGAACUAUGGUCGAACCGAGUACGAGAGUCUCCAGUGCGCCCAGCCGCAAGGUGUCAAGGAGGAAAAUUGUCUCGCUUCGUACGCCACGGAAACGGUGAUGCAAAAGUGUCACGGCCGGCGCAAAUGCACCCUCUCCGCCGAUAGCACCACCUUCGGUAAACCGUGCCGGCCCGACUCUCGAAUGUAUCUGAAAGUUGUUUACACAUGCGUGCCUAGAAAGGUGCUAAAGGAUCGGUUUGAGGCCGCACCGGAACCGGAUGAACCACUUCAGAGCGACCUCGACCAGGAUCAGGACGAGCUGUACGAUGAGGAUCAGUUCUUCCGCGAAUCCGAUGCAGCACCGCCCGGUCCGGCACCGAAGCUGCAAGGUGGACCAACGAAUGGUCGCGUCUCGGAUGUACCGAUCUUUGCCGGUGCUCCUACCAGCACCGUCCCGUCACCACCGCGCUCGAUUCAGGACAUUAUGGACGAUGGCGAAUUCCCGUUCGGAGAAAAUCAGGAGAAAUUCUAUCUCUAUCUCAUCGUGGCGGUAACGGUCGCCAUACUGCUCUGUAUUUCGAUCGUGAUCGGCCGGCUGGUGGUGCAGCGGCGCCGCACCGUCAAGGAGGACGAUAAAUUCCAGACGUCGAACACGGGCGAAACGACGCUCCCGAACGGCUUCACCGAUGACAUAUCGGAAAUCGAUGCAGACAUCGAUCUACAGACGCCGCUCCCGGUGCCGAGCGUGUCACGAAGCGACAGCUACGGACCUUACACGCCGUCACCGGGACCGUACGGGAACCUGGGACCGUCCAACAUUUCACACACCUCCACCACGAUGCUGGUGCCACCGUGCUCGAUGAGUGCCAUCAUGAGCACCUCGCAGCCACCGCCCGGCUACAUGAGCGGUCCAAUCAACAUCAUGCCAUCGCAGCUGGGCUCCAGUAUAGGUGCGAUACGGACACCGCUGGCCGCCAUGACGACUCUGCCGAGACCACAGCACAACCAGGGCCAAGGGUUGCUGCAGCAGCAGCAGCAGCAGCAGCAUCAACAGCAACUACCGCCCGGAUUUCUGGGCAGCAUCGGUGCCGGCUCGAUCCUCGGUACCCAAACCCUGCGACGGUUAUCCGGUGACCACGAGGGUGGCAACACACCGCGCAGUCUCAGCAGAGGAGCGACCAACGCGCAGUACUACUACGGAUGACAUCCGGU